UGGCAAUAAUAUUUUUUUAAUAAUAAUAAUAACAACUUAAAUUUCUAGGUUAUCUGCAACCAUUUAAGUUAAAUAAAGUUAAUAAAGUUAAAUCUAGUUAACUUAUUUAUUUAUUUAUUUAUUUAUUUAUAUAUAUAUAUAUCAAAGCCUUUAUCUCCAUCUCUAUCUCCAUUUUUCAUUGGAUACGGAAGUCUAUGGAUACGGCCUGUUUAUUUAAAAAUAAAAUUUUAACCAAUUUAUUAAAAAAAAAAAAAAAGUUUUUUUGGGGUAUUGUUUAUUGCGACUCUUUAUAAAUUUAAAAAAAUAAUUGAAAGUAAUAAUGACUCCUGGUGUUAAUGAUGGUCCAAGAAAUACAGGAACGUUACCAAAAAGUAACAGAAGAAAUGAUAGAAAUAGAGAAAUUAUAAAUUCAAAUCAACCAUCUGUUCGUACUAUUUAUCAAACUCAGCAUUCAAAUAAUUUGUUGGAUUUUCAACCAGUUGCCAACGACAGGGAUACUGGUAGGAGUACAAAAAAUAGUAAUACACGAUCUACAUCAUCAGUAGCUUCACUUUCCUACCAAGAUUUUGCAGAUAUUGUUUCACUCAGUGGAACUAGACAAUAUAACUAUACCGGUGAAGAUUGUAUUCAGUGGCAAGAAAUGGCUCAAUCAGUAGAUUUACGUGCUCAAUCACCUCCUCAUCAACAACCAGCAAAACCUAUGAAUGUUGAUAAAAUGCCAGAUCGUAAUCAAGUGGAGAGUCGUUUGAAUCAAAUCCGUGAUUACAUUAGAAUGACCUCUACGAUGAUGGAAUCACUGAGUCUGUCGUCUGAUCCACGAGCACACACUCAGCACGAUAAAUUAGCUAUUAUGGUUGAAGAUCUACGGGAUAGUGAGAGAAAACUUAGUAAGCUUUUGGAAGAAUAUCGUCCUAUUGAAGAGUUUAAAGCUCAGCCACUCCAGUGUUCCAAUCAAAUUAAAAGAUUUAGCGAGCUUUUGGAUAUAUUGAGCUGUCAAGAACGUAUUCUUGUUACAAACAAUAAUCGCAGGAAUGGCGAUGGUGCUGAUGGAGAAGAAUCACUGGAGUCGCAGUUGCGUAAAAAAAUGGAGGCGUCCCAGCGAAAAUUGGCUGAACUACAAGAGCAUCAAGCAAAUCUCGUGGGUAUGCAGCAACAAGUAAGAGAACGGCUGCAGGAAGCCCGUCAAACACAGCAGGCGUUACUGCUGCAAGAGAAUAAUCAAGCGACGACUGGGUCUUCUACUCCAGCGUAUGAUGCCGUAAAUUCUCAACGUCAGCUGGCAAAUGACGCUCAAGUACUGGAGUCAGAGACUUUAGCGCUGAGAGGUAAAUUAGCGGCACUGCAGAAUAAAAAAAAGCAAAUGGAUUUACUUGUUGCUGAAUUGCAAAAUGUUGAAAUGUCUGAUCGUGCAAGUAGUAGCUCUGGAGGUUCAAGAAAACCUAAGCAAGAUAAAGCUGUUGAAUUAGAAACUCUUAAACAGCAAUUAGCUCAUUUAAAAAAUCUUAUGGCAGAAGCAACACGUGCUAGAGACGGUUAUAAUGCAAUUAAUGAACCUGAAGUUGAUUCAAGUUUAAACACCGGGUGUUGUAAUGAAAACGGCGAGACUGUUGAGGAUGAAGCUGAUGCAGCAUUGUCUUCUUGUAAUUCAUUUGAUCAUAAUAGUGAAGCAGAUGAUACUUAUGCUAAAUAUAGUAAUUCAAAAGAACGUUUAACUGUCGAACAAAUUCAGGCUGUAACACGUGAAAUGAAAGAGCAACAAGUACUUUUACAAGCAGCGCGCGCUGAAUUACAGCUUUUAAAAAAUUCAACUUUGACGCCGACCCAAAAUGGGCCAUCACUCCUCUCACACAGUUCAACUCCAUCGGCAUCAGUAGCUGGGGUUUAUCCAGCUGAUAAAAAUUCCAGUAACAACAAUAAUAAUAAUAAUAAUAAUAACAGUAAUACUAACCAUAACAAUAUGAAUGGAGAAAUUUCUCAGAGUAAGAAACGUCAGUUGGAAGAACUCGUGCGAAAAGAGCAAACUCUCACGUCAAACAUUAAUCGCGAUGUUACUCCAGCUGAUUGGAGCAGCAGACGCGGUUCUAAUUCUCAGUAUAGUCAUACAAGUACUCCAGCAAAUAUUUGGCCUAAUUCUAAUGCCAUUGGUCAAGUAAAUCAACAAAAUGGUGGUGAUAUACUAGCUCCAGAUAAUUUACUAGAUAUCGGGCCACCAGUAACAGCAGUAGAUAGUUUUGGAAAUAACUGGUGGAAUGUACCAGCGCCUCCCAUAAAUCCACAACAACACGUAGGUACCGGUUCUGUGGAGUAUUAUCGGCAGUUACUGAUGAGCUCGCAAGCUCAACAGUUACAAAUGAUGAACACGACGAUGCAACAAUGCUGUCAACUUUUGUGGGCGCAGCAGCGUGAAUUACAAUUAAUGACAAGUUCAAUAACUCAGAUACAACAGCACUUGCAAUUGAACCAAAACCAAUCUCAGCCACCGCGGGUUUCCAAUGAAACACGUGAGAACUAUUCAAAUCUAAGCCGCUCGACCCAUCAUCUGGGCAACGUUCUCGAUGCAGCUCUACCACCUAGCUCAUCGCUACCAAAUCUAGUCUCUCUGCCGACACCCUCAUCAGCUCCAUCACACAACUCAAUAGUCACAUCCGCCAAUUCUUAUCAUCAUCAGCAUCAGCAUCAGCAUCACAACCACCAGCAGCUCAACAAUCAAGUGCCCCCAGGUAAUCGUGCCAACAACUACUGGGAUAACUUCAGAAGUUACUCGAGACAAAAUCUUUUGUCAGGAAACUCAAAGUCAGUAACUGAUUCACUGGCUGGUACUUCAGGUAACUCGAAUACGUCAACUAAUACAGUUGCAGCAGUACACGCGAGUCAUGUAAGGGACAAAAGAAAUCGUGAGCACGGAGUUGAUAAUAUAUCAUUACAUUCUUUGUCGAGUACCGAGGCUCAGUACUCAUUAAAUCUCCAACUCUCAUCAAAUCUACAAACUCAAGAUCGUGAAACACCAGCAAGAAAUUAUAAUUCUUACAAUGACGUCACUACACAGCCAGUUGAUAAUUUUUGGGAAGAUACAAAUUCCUCUUUUCGUUCAAUGCCCGAUAGUAAUGAUGACAAUUAUUUAUUACGUCAUAUCAGCAGUGAAAUACGUGAUAUUCUUUCAUCACUAGUUGCAUCAAAUAGAACAAGACCAGAUUAUCUUGUUAUUAUUUUACGUGAAAUAAAAGCAAUAAGUAAUGAUGACAGAUUGAGACCAAAACUUUUACGUUCAUUGAGAGCUCUCCAGGAUACUCAGUCAACCGACAAUCCAUUGAAUGAAACAACAGAUCAGACAGCAAGUGAAAGUUGUCAGUCGAGUGACGAAGAUUCAGAUGUUGGUGCUGGUGCUAAUGCUGGUGCUCAAGCACGGCCAUUAUUAAACAGUAAUAAUGAUCAUCAGUCAUCUUUGUUAAAUGAAUUUUUAAUGCCGACUCAUGCUGCUGGACAAGUACCGCACGCGCAAAAUAUGCCGGGUCUUUUAGUUGAUCAUUUUGAUUUUGAACAGGCAGCUGCACAAUUAAAUGAAAUUAAUACAUUUCCUCCAUCAAUUCUUGCUCCUGGAUACAACGAAGACUUGGCUGAAGCUGAUCAGUCGCGUCCCGAAGCUUCGAAUAAUCAACAAAAUUCACCAGAAGAUGAAAGUGUUGAAAUACCCGAGACCGGAGACAUGCACUUGGCAAAUCUCAAUAUUGUGACACUGGAAGCCGAUCGCGAAAUAGCUAAUUUAAUAUGAAUGAUGAUAAUUCAAUUGUUUACCGUUAUAAAUUACUGAAUUUAAACCAGAUUUUAUCACUGAGUAUAAUAAAUUCUAUACUUAAUAAUA